AUGCCAGUCUCAACGGCACCGCGAUCCUUUCCAACUAGCAAUGAUCUUGAGGUCUGGAUCCUGCGUCCCGACUGGUCUUCCCUAUACAUAUGCGGUUUCAAAGAGAGCAAUACUUCUGUCAUGUGUUUCUUGGAACACAAAGGGGCUGAAGAUGUGUUUGGCAAGUGUCCACGCAUGGUAUUGCCUCGUGCACUCGCGCAAUUUGGGAGAGACUGGGGCACGAGCGUACUGGCCGGCCUUGAGAUUGAAGUCAUGCUCCUAGGUGAGGAUUUCCAGCCGAUAUAUCAGCUGAAUUGA